GCGCAAUUGGAACUGCGAGCCUGAUGGAUGGAUGGAUGGAUGGAUGGAUGGUGGCGAUGGUGGUGCACAGCUGCGACGGGGAAGAAUCCGCCCAUCAAUUGAUGAACCUUUCCAUGUGCGUUUCGCCCGUCGUCAUAGAUGAUGUUGUACGUCCGCUGCGCUCUCCCGCCUUCGCCAUCGUUUGCGCUGGCACAGCACUCGAGAUCUACUACUGGACACUCGCUCAGGCUUCUCCUUCUUCUUCGUCUUCAUCAUGCCUCCUGGGCCAAAAGGAAUUCUGCCAAUGUGUCAUGAUUUGCCGCUUUGGCCUCGGCCUCGUACCCCAGCUCCUCCUGCCACGGCUUCUGCUUGGUGGUGCUGCUGCUGUAGUAGUAGUAUUUCUAGUACUGGUCGUAGCGUAGCAGCAGCAGCAGAAGCAGCUGCUCUAGUGCUCUGUAGUAGCGAGUAUCAUUAUCCGCUUUUGGCUCGGCUUCGCUUUUCCGCUGCUGCAGCUGACGACGAAGAAUUCCGCUGACAGUCUUCACUGGUCGACUUCUCCUCCCCCGACUUCAGUUCAGCUCAGCUCAGCUCUUUCCUGAGACUGUGGAUCAUAUCAUAGGCCGAAAGAGACGGAGCUGGCCGCUGCAUGAGCUGACGCUUUCUGUCACCUCCACCACCGUCUUCAGACUCUGCUCAUGUGGUUGUGGACGUGAACUGUCUGCUCUGCUCUGUCUGUGUUCUCUUUCCUCCCCUUUCUAUUUCUCACUCCCUGAGUAUCGGAGUGGUGUGCGGGACGAACGAACGAUUGAUCGAGCUAGCUAGCCAGCCAGCCAGCCAGCCAGCGAGCUCUGAGAUCUCUCUCGAGGUCAGCACUGGACAUAGUUGCGAUAGUUGCAAGGAUAGCUCGUCGCGACCACGUACUGCAACUUUCGAAGUAAGGCCCGGGCCGUGCCCUCGGUAGGCACACAAUGGAUAUGAUCGAUGUUUAGCUCUCCGACAGGUGAAGGUGAAGGAGGCGACAUGAACCCGACCUGAGGACGGAACGAGCUUUUGUUGUUGGCGGGGAACGCCGCGGGCGGUUCGUCAGCUGGACAGGUUCUUCAGUGAGAGAGUGAGUGGGUGUAGUUUCGAACAUGGAGGCUGCGUGGUCAGUCGAGCUGGUGUUCGACUCUCACUGAGCAAGAGGGCGACGAGGAUGCGUCUCGCUCGUCUCAGUGGGAAUUUGCAGUAAAUCGAAAUACAGUCGCUGCGAUCGACAUAGAACUGGACUCGGGUCGAACAAUUGCAAUGUACACCUGAAAGGUUCCCCGCCCAUGGGACAAAGGUGAAAGCUGCUGAAGUACACCACAAUGGCUGGAAUACCCAUGGCUCCUGACGCCCCACAUGUGCAGGGAUUUUGGAGCGCCGUCCGUGAUGUUGUCAGAUGCAAUCGGAAAGAUGGCAAGCGGUGGCAAUGUGCACGAGAAGUCGUCCCGGGCCAGAAGUACUGCGAGCGGCAUGUGGGCAGAGGGCGCAGCAGGCCCAAGCGCUCGGCGGAGAACUACUCGGCCUCGUCGGAAGUCGCUGCCACUUCGUCUCUCGGUGCCAUCUCGUCCAUCAGCAUGGCUGUCGCUGCAGGCCAAGGCGGCCCCCUGCACGUCGCCUACAACAGCAUUCAGGCUUCCACAUCGCCGAACGACCCUCGUAAUCAUCAUAUGAUCCCCUCGCCGGCUGCAGUGAUGCUGCCGAGCUGCUUCGAGAAGGUGGCCAGAGUGAAAGUUUUGUACGACAGAGUGCGAUCGAAUUUUCCCUACUUCGACGCAUUCACGGGCAAGAAUCAUCCCAUCUUCAUGGAGAAUGCGGGAGGGAGCCAGGUGCCGCGAGUGGUGAUCGACGCCAUCAGCAAUUACAUGAGGGCGUCCUACGUGCAGGUGGGAGCCGGGUACGAUCUGUCGAAUCGAGCCACGGAAACCAUCAAGUCCGCGCACAACCACAUGAAGACCUUCACCAACGCGCACGGCGUGGGCGAGGUGGUGUUCGGCGCGUCCACAUCGCAGAUGCUCACCAAUCUGAGCUACUGCUACAGCCACCUGCUGGCCGAGGGCGACGAGAUCAUCGUGCACGAGGCGAAUCACGAGGCGAACUCGGGGCCCUGGCUGCGCAUGGCGGUGCGCUGCGGCCUCACGGUGAAAUGGUGGAGGGUGAACUACGACACCUUCGAGUCUGAGCUCGAGGCGCUGGCGGCGCUGCUCAGCCCUCGCACGCGCAUCGUGGCCGUGGCGCACGUCUCGAACAUUUUGGGCGAGGUUCUGGACCUGGAGCGCGUCGUCAAGCUCGUCAAGACCCGGGUCGGCGACAGCGUGGUCCGAGUGGUGGCUGACGGGGUGGCCUACGCGCCUCACCGCGCGGUCGACGUGGCCAAGUGGGCCGUCGACUGGUACGUCUUCAGCUCGUACAAGGUUUACGGCCCGCACAUGGCCGUGCUCUACGGCUCUCACGACGCCUUCCUCGACGUCAAGGACUACAGCCCCAACUGGGACUUCAUCGGCGACGACGACGUAACCAAGCAGUUCGAGCUCGGCGGCCCCAACCACGAAGCGUGCGCGGGCGUCAUCGCGCUCACGCAGUACCUCGGCGUUCUCGCCCGCGUCGGGGAGGCCUUUACGCUGUCGCUCGAAGGAGGAGGGGGCGCCGGUGCCAAAGAGAAGCAGGAGGUCGUCGCGUGCCAAGCCGAGGCGGCAGGCGGAGGUGGAGGUGGGGGAGGAGCGGGGGUGCUGAUGAAAUUGGAGGACUCGUCGAUCGCGUUGGCUGCCAGGGUGGACAGUGCGGAUGCCUCGUCAUCGCCCGGCGCCACCGCCGACGUGUCGAUGAAGGCCUUCAACGGCGACCUGCAACCGCCGGUGUCCGAGAUUUUCCUCGAGAGCAUGACGUCGUCGCUGCGCGACUGGGAUCUGGCGCUGCAGGGCACGAGCUUCGGCCAGGAGGCGCUAAAUUUCGGGGGCAAGGUGUCGACGAGACUCGAUCGCGUGGUGGUCGAGGCGGCCUACGAUACGAUCGUGCUGCUGGAGCAGCCGCUGCAGGAGAAGCUGCUGGCGUUUCUGCGCUCGCGGCAGGAUGUGAUCAUUCUCGGGCCCGUGUCGUCGGAGCCCGAGUUCCGAGUGCCCACCAUCAGCUUCAUCCAUGCGUCGAAGCGCUCGCCGCAGAUCUGCCAGGAGCUGCACAGCGCCAAUUUCGCCUGCCGCAAUGGGCACAUGUAUUGCUACCGCCUCAUCUCCGGCCUCGUGGCCCACAAGAAGCUCACGGUGAAUUCCGAGGAGGACGGUGUCGUCAGAAUAUCCAUGGUGCACUACAACACUCCGAUUGAAGUUGCACGUCUCAUAUCCUGCUUGCAAGCAAUUUUGUAGGAGCCAUCCCCCUCAGCUCCCGGCCCGCCCGCCACCAGACGGGACACACUUUAUUCAUCAUCUCCACCUUUCCCUCGACAUGUGCUGAUGCUGCACCACGCCAUAUCCUCGAAAGCAGAGCAAGUACAGAUGCUGCAAGCAACCGAGAGAUCUCGAUUACAGACGAGCCAUCAUCAGUGAGUCAGGAAGGAAGGAAGGAUGGAAGCAAGCAAGGAAGGAGGCAAUAGGGGAUAUGGCAAGUUGCAGCCAUCCCUGGGCUCAGCCUCUAGCUGUCAGGUGGUCAAUUUUGCAUAUGAAAGACCCGGAACGAAGAUUCACCUGGUUGGCUGAGCUGAGCAGAGCAGAGCAGAGCUGAGCUGAGAGAGAGAGAGAGCUUGAGGCUGUCUGGCUGGCUGUCAUCGACGUCAUCUCUGUCAAGUCAUCUGUCGAGGAUGAAUGAAUGGGGGCAGGUUGGGGGCUCAUCUGACGAGCGAGGGCGUAAUAAGGAUGAAUAAUCCUGUGGGCGAGGGAGGGAGACCUCUUUCACGGCCGGUGUAGUGGAAAGGCCAGUGUAGAGGAGAUAUUUUGAGCUGUCUCUGGUUGUUGUUGACUUCCACUAACUAGAGACAUUAUUGUUCCUCGGGUAGAACCAGAUGGCCAAAUAGGAAGAGAGAGAGAGAGGGAGAGAGAAGAGAGAAGAGAGCUGUACAGAUAGGAAACGAAUAUCAGAGUUUUGUAUUAUAUUCUGAAUAAACGCACAUGGAAGUAUUAAAUU